CCGAGGGCCUGGGUGGGCUCUCUGGGUGGAAUGAGGCGGGAUAGACCCGCAUCUACCCUCCAGGCUGUCGGGAUAGGGCUGCUGGAGUGACUCCGGCAUCGUCUCUCGCGGGCUUUGCACAUCUGGUCGCUGCUGGAGGGUAGUGCCGAAUGUCCCCUGGGAUUCCGGCGAACGCCUGCGGGAGUCCCCGGGGGAGCCAUCGUGCUCCUUCCGCGUGACCUGUUUCGCGAAGCAAGGCUGACACUGUGCGGGUAUUUUUGGAUUUAAUGGAGCCAGAAAGAAGUCCAGAAUCAGAGAGUUCAGAAAAAUCAUUAUUUUCUUCACAGCAAGAUGAAGAAUACCAAGAAGCAGAUGAAAUAGGUGUGGAGAACCCUCUCUUACAGCCUGCUCUCACAGGGGAUGUUGAAGCCUUGCAGAAGAUUUUUGAGUUUCCCGAAGACCCUCAUCAUGAACAUGCCGUGCAGCUCCUCUUGGAAGAAGACAUUCUUGGGAGAAAUUUGUUGUAUGCAGCUUGCAUGGCGGGGCAAAGUGACGUCAUUAGAGCUUUGGCAAAGUAUGGGGUGAAUCUGAAUGAGAAAACCGCCAGAGGAUACACACUUUUACACUGUGCUGCAGCCUGGGGCCGUUUGGAAACUUUAAAGGCACUGGUGGAACUGGAUGUUGAUAUAGAAGCUUUGAACUUCCGGGAAGAAAAAGCUCGAGAUGUUGCUGCUCGGUAUUCCCAGACUGAGUGUGUUCAGUUUCUUGACUGGGCAG